AAGUAGAUAUUUACAAACUAACGAAUAAAUAUAUUUGUUACUUAUAUAAUACAUAUAGCGCAAAGGCACACACUCACACACGCACACGCACACGCACGCACGCGUUCGUGCGCUGCUUAAGAGACAGUGUGAGGUGGAAUGAGGAGAUGUAAAAGGCGUAUAUAUAGAAGUGUCCACAUAAAACCAAAACAGACACGAGACGAAAUUCGAAAGAAUUUCUGGAGACGCGCUCGAGUCAUUUAGAAAACCAUCAUAACAGUCACUUAACCGACAAAUGUUAGGAUGUUAGGGAAGAAAGUUCACCAGCUGUUGCUAAUGAUGGCCCUGUUUGGGUUAUUUGCCAAGUCCCUUCAAGAUUGCCCUAAAAUGUACGGUGGAAUAGAGGGUCAUAGUGCUUGCGUCGCAAAAUCUUCAAAUACGAUCACAUCUGGAGUGAGCGAAAGUGAUAAAGAGAACAUUCUUAAACUGCACAACAACUAUCGAAAAAAUGUCGAUCCUCCUGCUUGUAAUAUGAUAAAACUGUACUGGGAUAAUGACUUGGCAUAUGUGGCACAAAAAUGGGCCGAUAAUUGUGAAUUUGACCACGACAAGGGAAACAAAAGGAGAGUACCAGGAAAAUUUUCUGUUGGACAGAACUUGGCGCAGGGACACACCGAUUGGGAAGCUGCAAUUAAGGGGUGGUACAGUGAAGUGAAAGAUUUCCAGUAUGGUGUAAACACCCAAAAUACGGUGGCUGUCGGACACUACACUCAGAUAGUUUGGGCAUCUUCAACAAGAAUAGGCUGUGGCUAUGCCAAAUGUUCAAACAUUAGGACGUUUUACGUAUGCAAUUAUGGUCCGGCAGGUAAUUUAAUAGGUAAAAUUGGGGAACCAUAUACAAAAUGUGACACGAAGGCUACAAUAAAGGAUUGUAAAUCGAGUGUCUGCUACAACGGAGGUGUACUAGACACAAAGACUUGUGAGUGUACAUGCCUGGAAAAAGAGAACAUAAAGGGGCCGAAAUGCACAUUGAAUUGUUCACUAGCAAAAGAUACUGGUCCCAUGUGUACUAAUUCACCUGACUCUGAUUGUGAGGAAUAUGCCAAUAUACCAGAUGAAUGUCCCUGGAAAUGUGGUAUAUGCCCAUACGCUGAUUAUAGACUACGUCCAGAGAGACCUGCAGCUGAGACCCCAAAGAAAAAUGAUGCUGGGAAUGUUGCACAAUCUGACGAAAAGAAGGAGAAAUCUGAAAGUUUGGCCCCAAAGGAAAAUGAAACUUCAGCUGCACUGACUUUUCGAGCAGAUACUACAUUGUCAAUUGAGACAACUCUUCGAGCUACAACAGAUUCCCUAGUAAAGACAUCUCUAAAAGCAGAAUUGGAAGAAUCAGCCUUAGGAUACUCGUUAAAUAACUGCCCAAGAAAAUACCAUGGAAUAGCAAAUCACACGGCUUGCAUUUCAAAAUCUCCACAUGCAUACAAAUCUGGUUUAACAGAUGAAGAUAGAAAAAUUAUUCUGGACUUGCAUAAUCAGUUUCGGAAAGAUGUCAAUCCAGCAGCCUGUGACAUGUUGAAAUUAUCUUGGGAUGAAGACUUAGAAUAUGUAGCUCAGAAAUGGGCCGACAAUUGCUAUUUUGAGCAUGAACCAGCAUUCCGGAGAAUAAUACCUGGAAAAUUUGACGUUGGACAGAAUUUGGGCCUCAGACAUAGCGAUUGGACACACGUAAUAGGAUCAUGGAAUGCUGAAAAUAGGAGCUUCACUUAUAAUGGAACAAAUGACUUUCGAAAGACAGGACAUUAUGGGCAAGUAGUCUGGGCAAGCACUGCUACUGUUGGUUGUGGAUACACUGCUUGCACGAAUAUAGGAAAGCUGUAUGUAUGUAACUAUGGUCCAGGAGGAAACAGUGCUUACUCUCUUAACAGACCUUAUAAAUCAUGUGAUGGCCCUACGCAACUAAUCGAUUGUAAAGGAAAGGUUUGUCUGAAUGGUGGUUCGAGGAUUGGUGAUAGUUGUAAUUGCAAAUGUUAUCAUAACCAGAUCUAUCAUGGACCACAAUGUGAAAUGGACUGUUCUCGAGGCAAAGAGCAUUAUCAGUGUGGAAAAUAUUACAAAAAAGAAUAUUGUGCUAAAUACUCCAAUGUUCCAGUCAUAUGUCCUAAGACAUGUAACUUGUGUCCAAAUUUAUCUAGUUCUAUGAAGCCCUCUUCAUUAAAAGAUACUAUUAUUAUUACUACUACGACUAUUGUUCCAAAUACUACUACUACUACAUCUGCAUUCACUCAGAAAUAUUGUCCACAACACUUGCAAGGAAGACAAAACCCUACAGAAUGCUACAAUAAAUAUGAGGAAGUUCACUCAUUUGAUUCACUACUAACUUUUGUAAAAUCACCUCUAAAAGCAGAAUUGGAAGAAUCAGCCUUAGGAUACUCGUUAAAUAACUGCCCAAGAAAAUACCAUGGAAUAGCAAAUCACACGGCUUGCAUUUCAAAAUCUCCACAUGCAUACAAAUCUGGUUUAACAGAUGAAGAUAGAAAAAUUAUUCUGGACUUGCAUAAUCUGUUUCGGAAAGAUGUCAAUCCAGCAGCCUGUGACAUGUUGAAAUUAUCUUGGGAUGAAGACUUAGAAUAUGUAGCUCAGAAAUGGGCCGACAAUUGCUAUUUUGAGCAUGAACCAGCAUUCUGGAGAAUAAUACCUGGAAAAUUUGACGUUGGACAGAAUUUGGGCCUCAGACAUAGCAAUUGGUCACACGUAAUAGGAUCAUGGAAUGCUGAAAAUAGGAGCUUCACUUAUAAUGGAACAAAUGACUUUCGAAAGACAGGACAUUAUGGUCAGGUAGUCUGGGCCAGCUCUGCUACUGUUGGUUGUGGAUACACUGCUUGCACGAAUAUAGGAAGGCUGUAUGUAUGUAACUAUGGUCCAGGAGGAAACAGUGCUUACUCUCUUAACAGACCUUAUAAAUCAUGUGAUGGCCCUACGCAACUAAUCGAUUGUAAAGGAAAGGUUUGUCUGAAUGAUGGUUCAAGGAUUGAUAAUGGUUGUAAUUGUAAAUGUGGUAGUUCAAAAUACUUUUCUCAACCAGACUGUUCAAUGAAUUGCUCUCUAGGCAAAGAUAAUGGUUACUGUGGUUCAUUCUACAAACCAGAAUGGUGUACUAAGUAUGCCAAUGUUCCAAACCUAUGUCCCAAAAUGUGUGGAAUAUGUCCAUAUGCCAAUUAUGGUUCUGAUUGGACUACAGAUUCAACAAAGCCAGUAACUACUUUUGCUACAUCAACUAAGCAUACCACUACAGUUGCUACAACAGCUACUACUACUAUUCUUGCUACUACUAUUCCUACUACUACUGCUGCUACAACUGUUACUACUAUGGCUUCUACUGCAACUGUUAUGUUAUCCACUCAGAAAUAUUGUCCACGAUUAUUCCAAGGAAUAAAAGGCCACACAGCAUGUUCAAGCAAAUGUAGCAGAGUCAUUUCCUCUGGAAUAUCAGAAAAAGACAGAGAAACCAUACUCCAGGAACAUAACCAAUAUCGAGCAAAUGUGACUCCAGCAGCCUGUUCCAUGAUGAAAAUGUACUGGGAUAAAGAUUUGGAACUAGUUGCCCAAGCACGAGCUGAAAGCUGUAAUUGCUCCCACGAUAAACCUUAUUUCCGGCAAAUUCCUGGAAAAUUCCACACUGGUCAAAAUUUAGCCAGACAAGUGGACAGUUGGGCAGCAGCCAUACAUUCAUGGUAUGAUGAAAGGAAAAGCUUUACUUAUGGUGUCACUAAUGAUUUCUCUAAAGUAGGACGUUAUACAGAGAUGGUACAAGCUAAGACUAUAAGAAUCGGCUGUGGCUUUGCAAAAUGUUCAAGCAUGGAUUUCUACGUCUGCCAUUAUGGUCUAGAAGCAAGCUCAGUGACAAACAUAUCCCAUCCUUAUGAAGUAUGUUCAGAAACUACAUCCUUAACAGAUUGUCAGGGUGAUGUUUGUCUAAAUGGUGGCACCAUGGACCCUGAAACCUGUCAGUGCCACUGCACAAAUAACACUUUUACAUCUGAACCACUUUGUGGCAUGAACUGCUCCCUGGGUUAUGAUCCUGCAGACUGUUCAAUGAAAUACACUGUCAAUGAUUGCUCCCUACAUCCUCAUGUAACCAUGAAAUGUCCUUGGCUUUGUGGAAUCUGUCCAUAUGCUGAAUAUGUAACCACCAAUAAUACAAGAGUGACAGAACUGACCACAGUUUAUACAACCAUGCCGUUUCCUGAAAUUAAUACAGCUUCAGUUACCAUCCGAGCUUUGAAACAGAUGUUUAUUGUAUCUGCUGCUGUGUCCUGCUAUUUCUUGAUCCCUAGUAGCAUCUAGCAUGAAAAUACCAGACGGAAUUGUAACAUGAAUUGAUACUGAUUUGAUUGUACCAGAUAUUUGGCUUUUCAAAAUUUAACACCAAAACUAAUACAAUGUAUAUACUAACAACCACUUCGAAUUUUAUUACCAUGUACUCACAAAUAAACAAAAUUUAUUUUGCUAUGAUCAUACUCACAAUACAUUUUACCAUGUACAUACUAACAAACGAAAUUACCUUCCGAUGUUCAUACGAAUAACAAAUUUUACUUUAUACAUGCUAACAGUGAAAUGAAUUUUAUUGCCAUACUGACUAACAAUUAAUACUAUCUUUACUAAAUGCAUACGAACAAACAAAAUAUAUUUUAUAAUUCAAACUAAAACAGAAGAAAAAAUCUCAAACUAUAUAACUAAAAGCAUAUCCUAUUAAAGAUUGAAGAUUUAAGUCUAAAAUUAUUUUGGAAAAAUAUGUCUAUUUUCAAUAAAGAUAACACAUUCAUUGUG